UGAAGGCCGUCCCGGUACCAAGGAAAAGUAAGUUCGACGAAAUGAAAACGAGAUGGAAAUGAGCGAAGUUUCGUUAUCUAUUGCGAUAUUCCUCAGCACGGGGCGCUUCUGUUAUGGGCGCUCGAAUGUGCCCUCAAGAUACGGGUGUAAUUUAAUGAAACUGACGGUGGAUCGGCGUUGCAUUGGCGAGAGUGCUAUCCCGACGAUCCCGCAUCACAACAUUCUCAUGGAGACACCUAUCAUGCGAAGAAAACGCCAGUACAUAGUCUGAGAGUAUUAGGUAUCGUUUGAAGCUUUUAAGACUCUCCAUUCGUUGGGAUUUUAAGAGGAUUGCCUGGAAGCUGAGUCACAGCCUUACAGGUCACAGAAGAAGCUAUCUCCAACUACUCAUGCCCCCUGCAACUCGACCUGGCCGAUGAUACGCCAGAGUGCCAUCAACGUCAUUGUGCUAGCAACAAAAAACGACGAUCUCUGGCGGAAUCCAACGUUUUGUUUAUUGCGAUCGACUCGGCAGUUGGCGAUGUUUCAUCGCUCCACAAUCGCGUGUUUCAACACCAACCAUCAAGCCAAACAGAGCAGCGAUGAACCAUUCCCCCAGUCCAUCCCAACUGUCGGUUUCAUCCGAUGUGCAAAAACGUCUUGAAGAUCUAACUCUCGCUUAUGCCGUGUAGUAUCGUCUCCUAUCUAGGGUCCCAUCAUCUAUGUCUUGCUCAGGAUGUAUAUAAGAAACUCCAAAAGUCAAUCGGUUUGGAACAUUCACCCAACCAUCCACUCUCACUUCUUAACCCAGUCACUCUCUUUUUCAAAGCAACAUCUCACCAAGUCACUCUUUAUUUACUUUACGCUUUUAUUCAUCAUGAAGUUCAGCCUUUUCUCCCUCGCUGCUCUGGCCGCUUCGGCCAUGGCUGCUCCUGCUGCUCAGGUUGCUGCUCGCCAGGUCCCAUCUGUCCCAGUUGCCAACGGUGCUGUCAGCCAGGUUGAGAGCAUCGCUACCUCCCAGACCGUCACCAAGACAGUUACCAAGAAGAUCACUGCUGUCAGCGUUUCCAACACUGGCGGUGUUGUCAAGGUUCUCACCAUUGCUGUUGACCAGGUCAAGAGCCAGACCACCACCAUCAAGGAGGUCAUCACCAAGGUCAAGUCCAACGCCAUCUCCAAGACUGCCGCCAUCAAGGUCGUUACUGCCGAAGUCCACUCCCUCAACGAGCUCCUCACCGCCGUUGUCAACCAGCUCAAGGAUGUCGUCAGCAUCAAGAUCAACAUCCCCGACGUCAAGGUCAUUCUCGGCCUCGUUAUCCAGCUUCUUAACGAGCUUGUCGGUGUCGCCAAGGAGGUUCUGGGCAUCUUUGGCCUCGACAACGUUAUUGGCAGCGCUUUCGAGCUCCUCUUCCAGACCGUCGCCACUCUCCUCGGCCUCGUCACCCAGCUCAUCGGCGACAUCGUUCCCGGUCUCGUCGACAUCCUCUCCAACAUCCUCAACACCCUUUCGGGCACUCCUCUUGGACCCAUCAUCCAGCCCGUCUCCAACAUCUUCGAUGGCCUCACUGGCUACCUCACCCAGGGCACUGCUUAAGCGACACGUUCAAGAUAUGAGACCAGGGUAUGCCGGAUAUGCCCCUUAGAGGACAAGACAAGCAUAGAGGGAGUUUAGACAGUGGAUCUGGUUCAAAUAAUGCAUAAUCUUAGUUAAUUCAAUGCUGUAUAUUAAUUCAUACGACCUCUUUGCCAAAGGAAUGUCCA